GGCCGGGCGGCCGGGCUGGGGCGGUUUCUCGUCCGUAAGGAAGUAAGCAAAAAAAGCAAGCAGAGGAGAAGCAGCUCGCUGCCUGGUUUUCUUGUUGGUAGGUAUUCAUCUUCAUGGAGGGAAACAUGUGAGAAGAUCGGAUUAGAACUGUAGUGUUCACUUCAAGAUGCCCCAAAGGGAAAAUACUCAUCUGAAAGUCUCAUCUUUCAAAACGGUCUGUAUUCUUUCAGUCAAAGUAAAACAUUUUUGGAGAAAGAAGACUUGCGAACAAAGCUGGCUUUGCAAGGAUGCCGAAUGAAAGACAAUAUGCCUUACAAUGGACUUAUCUUAAAGCGGUGACACUGUGCUCUUAAACUAAAACCCAAGCACUGUGAAAACACUGAUCCUGAACAAGAAUAAGGAUUAUAGAAACGGCAUCAGAAUGUUUGUUAGUCCCAGAAGAGUCAGAAAAUGCCAUUUUUUGCAGAUAUUUGCCACUUGCUUCAUACUGUGUCUCAUGAUUUUUUGGGGACCAUUUGAUAAUCACAUUGUGAGCCAUAUGAAGUCCUAUUCAUACAGAUACCUCAUAAACAGCUACCAUUUUGUGAAUGACAGCCUGUCUAUCAACAGGGAUAACUUGGACAGAGUGUCAAGCUACCAGUACUUGAUCAACCACAGAGGGAAAUGUCAGCAGCAGGAUGUUCUUCUCCUAUUGUUUGUGAAGACUUCUCCUGAAAACCGUCAUCGGAGAGAUGCAAUUAGACAAACUUGGGGAAAUGAGAAGUAUGUUCGUUCUAAACUUAAUGCCACCAUUAAAACUCUCUUUGCUUUAGGACGACCAACAGAUCACCCGCUGCAAACACAGCUGCAAAGAGAACUUCGGUUGGAAGACCAGAAAUACAGUGAUUUGAUUCAGCAAGACUUCUUGGAUACUUUUCACAAUCUUACUCUUAAAUUGCUUUUGCAGUUUAGCUGGGUGAAUGCAUACUGUCCUCAUGCCAGGUUCAUUAUGUCUGCAGAUGAUGAUAUCUUUAUCCAUAUGCCAAAUCUUGUUGCUUAUCUCCAAAGUCUAGCACAAAUGGGUGUUCAAGAUCUCUGGAUUGGUCGUGUCCAUCGCGGAUCCCCUCCCGUAAGAGACAAAAGUAGCAAAUACUAUGUUCCAUAUGAAAUGUACCAGUGGCCCUCUUAUCCUGACUACACAGCAGGAGCUGCAUAUGUAAUAUCCAAUGAUGUAGCAGCUAAAGUAUAUGAGGCUUCAUUGACUCUCAAUACAAGCCUUUAUAUAGAUGAUGUUUUCAUGGGUCUCUGUGCCAAUAAAAUGGGAAUUGUACCACAACAUCAUGUAUUUUUUUCUGGGGAAGGAAAGGCUCCGUAUCAUCCCUGCAUUUAUAACAAAAUGAUGACAUCUCAUGGACACGUAUAUGAUCUUCACCAGCUAUGGAAGCAGGCUACAGAUCCUAAAGUUAAGAAGUUCUCUUCGGGAGUUUGGGGUAGAAUAUACUGCAGGAUAGUCAAUAUAAUGCUUCUCUGUAAACUAUACUAUGAGGACACAUAUCCUUGUUCAGCUGCGUUUGCUUAAUACUUGAAUAUCUGUGUUGAAGAUCCACUGAGCCAAAACAGAGCAACAACUUCUUAGCUGUUCAUUCAAAAGAUAAAGAGGUAAAAUUCACAUGUGAAUGGGGUGGGGAGGGGAGAUGGUCCUAAAUUCUGUCCAGAAACUUACUGGAAUAGCUCUCCUAUUGUACUGUAACUUUUUACAUUGUAGCCUGGUUUUUUACACUCUUCAAGGGAUAUAAGUCUGUAUUAAAUAACUAUAAUGGACUUGACUGCUAGACUUCGAAAUGCAUGGUGAAAAUGUGUUACUUCGAACUUGUCAGUACGUCUGAAGCUUUUUUUUUUUUUUUUUUUAAGGAAAAAGAGCUAUGUGAACUAAGGCAAAUGAUAAAAGUCUGCUAUAACAAAAUGGAAUAAGCCUUUCAAAACAUGAGGAAAGUAGAACUGACUUGAUGAAUGAGACUUGAAGUAGUUUAAGGCAAAAUACUACAAAUAUUCACCAUAUCUCAGUGCUUCAUAGAAAGUAAGCCUGGAUCUGCACAACUGACAGUGAGUGCUAGAAGUAAAGACCUGCUACAGUCUCUUUCUCAAAGCUCCCUAAACUUUUGAAAUAAGAAAACAGUAAGUGCCCUCUGAAUUGGUUGUUUUAACAAAGGAGCUCCCUUUAGAACUUGAAAGAAUAAAAAUAAAAUAUUACUCAUGUAGCUGGUUUUGCUAAUCUUUCUGCCUUCUGAAAAUUGAAGCAGUAUAUGUAAACAGUCCAAUUGUUAAUAAGCAAAUAAGCUAAAUGAGUUUCCUUUUAACAAUGUUUCUGCUUUCCAGUAUUCAUGGUACUAAAACUGAAAAGCAAGCAGAAGUCCCUGACAAUGUUACUUAUAGCUAAUUUAAAACUGUUAAAAACUUUAAAAGGCAAAAUGUCAUGCUUGUGCUAACAAAGAGAGACUAUUUUCUGCACAAAUUUUGACUUCACAGUGAAGGGAUAAGGAGACGGUGAUCCACAGAAACUCAGUACACAAAUCAAAUCACUAAAAUAUUUCUCCUAAAGUCUUAAGUACAAGAUUGUCUAAAAUUUCAGGGUAGUUUGUGUCCACAACCCCCUGUAUCUUGAAUAUAUUUCAAUGUUAAUAUCACCUGCAGGAGGAACAGAACACCUGUGUGUUGUAAAUCAGGCUACAACUAAGUGAUGUUCAAACAUCAGCUAUUACAAGUUGUACUCUGGUGCCAUAUAGAUACUGCAGAGAACCAAAGUUCUAGCAUGUCUGCAGUCUUUUCUUGUAUAGCUCACUAAUGGUGUUUUCACAGGUAUUAACUGUGACUCUCAGGACAGGUAUUUUAGUUGCUAAUUGCCAAACCUGUGGUAGCUCUCCCUGGAGUAGACACACAGCUCACACAAGGUACAGUCAGAUACUGCUUGUGAACUGAUUUAUUUGAUGGGAACAAGUUUUAGUGGGGAACUACUUCUGAAUGCUUGAUUGAGUCAAGUUUAUCAGCAGAGCAAUAACAAUGCAAAAACUCACAAAUUAUCAAGCCUCUGUUGGAAGUAUACUAAUUACAGAAGCAAUACGACUUGCUUUUGGUCUAAGACUAGCCUUUUUCUUGUGCCUUAAGUUUCUUGCUGUGUGGACCACUGAUCUGUGUCUUCUGACUUUACCGUAGAACAGCUAUCCAAGACCUGGCAGCUUUAAGCUGCAAGUAGUAAACUUUGUUUAAAUGAUCGCUACUGUUCUUGGAGCUGUGCUGCAGGUUUUAAUGGUUUGAAAAGCUAAUGGUAUAUGUUAGCAUAGCCAGAAUCCAGGAGUGAGCUUGCUGACUGUCCUCUAGGCUGCCAUUUCAGAUGGAUGGUAGCUAGCUAUUGGAAUGAAGUGAAAUAUGUAACUUUCUGUAAUUGGUUUUCCAGAAGGAAAAGAAUAAGAAUCCUAACUGGACCCAAAUGUUGGGUAUAUAAAGAGCCCACAGAUAAAUCAUCAGUGUUGGAAUGAUUGAAGAAUGUAACAGCUGUACUUCAGAAAGAACAAAUCCAGAUCCUGUUCUUGCCUAAACAGAUAGAUUACAGUACUUAAAAAAAAACCCAACCAAAACCCAAACUCAAGAACAACCACCCCAAGACAACCCUAGAUGUAUAUAACCUGUUGGCUUAUGGAGAAUUAAAUCCACAUAUAGAAAAAGUAGUACUCCGUACUGAAGGAAAGCUGCUUCAUCAGAUCUCUGACCUGUUGUGAGCCAUUUAAAUUAAGCUGCACAGCAAAAUGCUCUACUAGAAAAAGCCACCCUGUUCACUGCAUGGAAAGAGGGUCUUCAUAUGCAGUAUUGCAACCAAAAUGUACUAUUAAGACUACAGUUUUUUCCAGCAUAACUAUGUGUUGGGAUUUGUUGUUUUCACUCACACAAACAAAGGUAAAGUAAGUUUUAAGUAGCUUAAAUUAACUAACAUUUAAAACACUGCUUAAAUGUUGUUUGCCGUUAUCUGAAAGUCCCUUUUGAUCAUUGAAAUACUUUGGUUUACAGCAGGUUUGAAUUUUGUUUGAGUUGCUUCUUAAGAUUAAAAGAGCCUUGAUGUUUGUAGUAUGCAUUUUCUUUCGCUGCAGUGAAAAGAAGUUGCUUGCUGAAUAAAAAAGAAAGCAUGAAGGCACUCCUUUUCAAAAAAUGGAGAUGCUAGAAAACUUCUUAUUUUCUGGUUCUAAACUUUGACUUAAGAUUUGUACACCUUUACCCGGAACCUUUUUUUAACAGUAGUCUUGGUGCUCCAAUGCAGGUCUGUCAGGUUUUACUUCUACAAAUAAAACUGUAUCAACCUGAAUGGUCACUCCUCAUUAAGAGUUUGACAUUGUUGCACAGCAUAUUUAAUGCUAUUUUUUUACCUGUUUGUUUGGUUUGCAUCAGUUUCCCUUUGAUAUUACUAAUUUUUAUACAAAAUAUUCAGUAUUUAUUCUUAAACUUUGCUCUGUACCACAAAAAGACAAUUGUUUUGUAAAACUUGUUUUGAAUAAACAGACUUAUUUCUUUUAAAAAACAAAACAACACAACAAAGGUAAA